AUGCCGCUGCCCAUAAGAGUCGAGGCGACGGGCGGCAAGACGUGCCAGGUGGCGGGGGAGGGCAAGACAUCAGGGCGAUCGACGGCAAGCGCCGGCAGCGCCAGCAGCGCGGAGUGGAGCCCUCCGCGGGGCGCGCGCCCCGCCAGAGAAGUCAGGGGGGGCAUUGCGAGGCGGCCGGCGGGGGCGGCCGCGGAAGAGAGGGGACGGAGCGGCGCGAGCAGCGAGGACGAGGCUCGUUCGGACGACGAGCGCCGCCUCUCGGAGCAUUCAACGGCGCACGCCGCCAACACGGCUGCGCCCGCUCCCUCGUCGCGCCAUGCGCGGCGCUCAUCCCCCUCGCGCGCUCACUCCGCCGCCACAGACGCCGACGGCGCGGCCACGCCCGUCGCCGCACCGCCGCUGCCCCACGCGCACAGCGCCUCAAGUCCCCGCGGGAGUAGUGGCGAGUCCCGAUGGUGGAAGCACGGAGGGCCGUCGGGCGGAGGAUGGGGCCUCGGGCGCAGCUGGAGCAGUAGCGCAGUCAGCCAUCCGCGCGCCGAGGUGAAUGGCGGGGUGGGCGAUAACGCACCAAGUGGUGCGGGGAGCGGCGGCGGCGGAAAGGUGUGGUGGUUCGGGUACCGGCGGGGCAUCAGCGCGGACUACGACAUCGGCGACCUGGUCGGGCGUGGGCGCACGGGGGAGGUGCGCCGAGCGACGGCGCGCAAGGGCGCGCGGAAAGGAUUGCGGGAAAAGGCCGAGGAGCGGGGACCGCCGGUGGUGGUGAAGACGAUCUGCAAGGCGGAGCUCGCGACGGAGGAGUCGCGCGAGGCUGUGCGGCGCGAGGUGGCGAUUCAGCGCAUGCUGCCAGCGCACGCGCACGUGGCGGCGCUCGUGGACGCGUACGAGGACCGCCGCAACAUCUACCUCGUGCUGCAGUCAGUGCCCCCGUCCCGCGCGCGCGCGCCCCUCCCGCUGCUCGCGUGCCCCUAUCCUCGCUGCUCGCGCACCGCCCCCUUUACUCGCGACUCGCAGCCAGCGGCCUCUCUUAGCGACGCGCAGCGCUGUUGCCGCUUUACCCUCCUCCCGCGGCUCCCAUGUAACGCCAUGUGUGCCGUGCGUUCCUCUUCCUCCCUCACCGCAUGCAUUCCCCUGCCCCUGCAAACUCUUCCCGCCGUGGGUCACUCAAUCCGCCCCCCCAUCCGCCCCUCUCCCCCCUGUGCGCAUGCGCGCGAGCGCAGGGUGGGACAUGCGGGCGAGGCGGCAGCGCGGCACGUGGUGUGGCAGGUGCUGCUGGCCCUGGCGCACUGCCAUGCACACCUGGUCGUGCACCGGGACAUCAAACCCGAGAACGUGCUUCUAGCCAAGAGCAGCAGCGCCCAUGACCCCCCCCAUGUCAAGCUCAUAGACUUCGGCCUCGCGGCGCUGCUGCCGCCCCUGCCCCUCUCCGCCUGCCCCGCGCCCACGAACGCUGCUGCUGCAUGCCCUACUACUGCGCACAGUGCCACAGCACCCGCCAGCAGUGCCCCCCACGCCCAACAGCAACAGCAACAACACCACCAGCACCACCAGGCCCAACCAAACUCGAGCCUGCCCAUCCCACCGCCCGCCCCCGUGCCCGCCUCCCCCGCCGAAGGCCCCCUAUGCUCACUGCCCCCUGUGUGCGUGCCACUGCCGCAGCUGCACGAGCCGCUAUCGGAGCUGCUAGGAUCCCAGGACUACCUCUCCCCGGACGUGCUGCGCGCCAAGUACGGCACGCCCAGCGACCUCUUCUCACUGGCGUCGCUGGCGUACCUGCUGCUGUGCGGCCGCCUGCCCUUCUCGCCCUCGCCGCGCUGUCUGCGCACCACCAUGCACGCUGUCGCCACGCAGCAAGCCGGGUUCACGGAGAGCGCGUGGGGGGACGCGGGGGAGGCGGGGAUGGGCGUGGGCGUGGGUGAAGGAGUGAGGGCGGGCGUGGCGAGGGGGCCGUGUGUGUCGGGCGAGGGGCGGCACGCGGUGCAGAGCCUGAUGGCCAAGGACGCUGCCCGGCGCCCCACCGCUGCCAUGAUGCUCUGCCACCCGUGGUUCCACGACCUCCACACCCCUGCCACACGGCACGUCCCCACGCCUCCUGCCAGUGCGUCUGGCACCGUGCCUGCAAGCCCUGCCAUGCCUCUGGACCCCUGCGUGCCGCUGUGCCUGCUGCACGUGCUGGCACUGCCUGCCCCGCACAAGCACCACCUCCAGUCCCAGGCAAUGCGAGUGUACAAGGACCAAGCGUGGGUGCGCGUGUAUGCGGCGGUGCAGUGCCGGCACGUGGUGGGCGUGUGGCCGGGGGACAGCAUGCACGUGGAGCAGGAGGGGGGGGGCGUGAGCGUGUCACUGUCGCACGUGCACAAGGUGCUCUCCCUCUGUGCGUGCAAGUCGUUGGCCGACUCCUUCCUCAACCAGGUGGUCCAUCACUCCUCUGCCUCCGCUCUGCACCUCUCCUGCUCACCACACAAGCCCCCCACGCUGCACUGUGCUCUUCUCCUCCCCCUCGCCUCACCUCUAUCUCUCUGCUAUGCAUCUUAUGCCAUGUCAAGGCUCUCGCACUCGGCACACUGCUUACCACCUCCUGUCAUGUGUUGUGUGUUCCGGCCCAUCUCCGUCCUCCGCGCGUGGCUCUGCUCCGCCAUGCCGUCAUCCUACCCGCUCCCCGCCACCACUCGCCCCCCCUCGUCCUCCGCCGCCGAACCCCCGUUCGCCAGGGAUCGCGCCGCAGGCGCGCCGGGACCGGCGGAACCGGGCAGUCGCGGGCGGGAGGUUGCGCAGCGGGGCGAGCAGCAGCGGGCAGAGGGGGAGCGCGAGGCGACGUUCGAGGAGCGCGUGGCGCGCAGCAUCCUGGUGGACGAGCUGUGCGCUGCCGUGACGCCCGCCGCGCUGCAGAGCGCGCUGGGGCAGUUCGGCACGGUGCGCAGCGUGCAGAUGGUGCCCAACCUGCUCCACCCGCGCCGCUCGUCCGGCUGCGCCAUCGUCGAGCUGCACUCGCGCCACCUCGCGCUCAAGAUGAUGGCGGACAUAAGCGAGUCCAUCCUGAUCGUCGGCGCAGGGCCCCGCCCCGUGCGCGCGUUCAAGGCGCGCGCCGACAUGUUCGACGGCGCGUUCGUCUUCCCCUCCGCGCUGCACGCCGCCGCGCUCCCGCAAUCCGCGCCCGCUGUCACCUCCGCCGCCGGCGCGCAAAGCUCCCCCCUUUCCGCCGCGUCCGCCCUCCCGGGGUUCCGCGUCACGGACGCUGCGGGGGAGGGCGCGGCGGGAGGUGGAGCGGGCGGGGGAAGCGGGGAUGGGGGUGGCGCGGGGCAGGGGAGGUGGCGGUGGCGGCUGACUGUGAUGGAGGAGAGGCAGCGGGGGGGUGGCGGAGGAGGGGGGGGAGAGGGCGCGGGGAAGAAAGCAGGCGGAGGGGAAGGGGGAGGGGAGAGGGGAGUGGGGACGGUGGAGUGGCAGCGGGCGCGGAGGUGGAAGGAGGUGGCUGGCAGGCAGGCAGAGGAGAUGAAGAUGCUCAUGGAGGUGAGGCGAGGGGGGCGCAGGGACGAUGAAGCACGCUGA